UUUCGAUUUUCUGUACGAACACACAGUAGAUCAUGCAACUGCAAGCGCAAGAUGGCAGUAGUAAAUAUCAGCGGAAGUGUUUGGAGUUCAAUACAUUUUGAUAACAGUUGUCGUGAUGGCGAUCAGGAAGGAUUUCUUAUUGGUGAAGUCACAUACAGGGAGACAACAGACAUCAGUGAUUCUCAAAUGGACAGAAAAACAGAAGAAGUUGAUAUAAAUGUCACCUCCCAUUGUCACUGUAGAGAGCCAUUCAGCUUCUAUGAUACCUCUGGCCAUGUUGACCAAAUUAAGAUGUUAGCUCUACUUCGAUCAAACUACAAGAAUGUCAUCGGUUUCUAUCGCUUCCGACGUAACACAAUGCUGCAGCCUUCACUGAGAGAGAUGGCCCUCUAUCAGCGUCUUCUAGCCAGUCUACCAGGCGAACCUCAACCCGCAACUUUCAUCUUGGGAAUCUUCUCUGGCAAUAGCACCUCUAACCUAGCCACUCACUCCUUCCCUUAUCAGCUUUUCACAUACAGCUUCAAUGGUUUUUCAGCAAGAAAGGUGUCUGUAGUGAACUUAGGAGACACAGCUGAAUCAGAGUACAAACUCUCACCGGUCCAAUCUUCGUUGUCUUCUGACAAUGGAGGCUUUCAACAUAUCCUCAAAAACUACAGCACUCAAUUAUUGGGUCCAAAUGCCACGCUUUCUGGUGUUCAGACCGUACGGAACCUGAAUAAUGACAUCCACAACAAACUUCAGGAAGUGAAACAGAAAGUGACCGAUACAGAAGGGAGGCUUGGUACUCUGGGUCAAGAGGUCAGUGAGCUGAGACGAAGAGCUCAGAGACAGAGACACGACAAGGCCGAGAGACAAAGAGCGACUGGACAGGUCCUUAAUACCAACAACAAUGCAGGCCUUCCCAGGCUGCCGCCUUCAACAUCGUAUGAGAAACAGUUGCCUCUAGCAAUGGAAACAAAACCCACCUCCACCGUUUUUAAUACAUCAUCAUCUGCAUCCGGUGAUUGCCUUGGAUCGCAUCCAACGAUAGCCAACCAAUCUGCAGAGAAACGGUCGCCUCUAGGAACGUCCAUACCGGACAACUCCGUGGUAGAGGAACCUAUGGAAGCGAAACCGUCCGAUCCUUUUGCUGGACUCCUUAAGGACAUGAAGCAGAGCCUGUCCAAAAGCAGAUCAUCGAGCAUCAACUCUACUGGAAAGGACAGUUCCUCGAUGGAAGGCCCCGUGCAGGGCAGCGUGAACGGAGCUGAUAACAGGACGCUUGAUUCCAGAGAAGCUGAAGGGAAGAGCCAGGAGGCGUCACAAAACCCUGAAGUGAACAAUGAAAUGAACGAUGAUGACGAUGAGACUCAGAUCCAAGAUGAACAGCACUACAAUGCCACUUUGUCACCAACAUUUUAGUACAGAGAGCUUUAUCUUCUUUUUUUUUUAAUGAAUGACAUAAGGAUAGGUAGAUUGAGAUGGUCUGGACAUGUGGGUAGGCCAGAGAAAAGCUACUGGUUAAAGAGAGCAAUGAAUUUCCCGGUCGCAGGCUCCAACCCUGUGGCAGACCUUGCAGAACUUGGAAGGAGACAUCAGAGGAAGAUAUGUGACUUUCUGGCCUCCCUUAAGUGAAUACUGAAGACAGUGGGGUUGGGUAAAGGCCAUCAAGGAAAUGAAACAUCCAACCUCACAGCAUGAGAACAUUAGAUGUUAAAUGAUUAAAAUGUGAUGAUAAUGAUGUUUGUCCAUUAGAAAUGUGGUGCCGCAUAUUGUGGCAUGGUACAUUAUCUAUUAAUGUAAGAAAUCUAUGUUCUGAAUAACUCGCCAUGCUAGAGCAGGAAGACCAAAAGACCAAAAAGUACUACCUACUUAUUUUUCAUUUUUGUUGCUGUAUUUGCUCUUUUCAAGGCAAUUUUGUAAUCUAGUCAUGAUGAGAAUUUUUUCCCACAAAUUCAAAGCAUAUUUACACCAACUGUUGAAUUUCUAAAAGAAACAAUAUCUGCCAAACAAAUUUUGUAGAAAAUUGAUAAGAGCUUAAAAUUGAUUAAAUGAAGAUGAGAAACUGAAGCUAGGCAUCCAGACUGUGUGUAGAGCAAUACAACAUAUGGCUUUCAGUGAAUUUGAUUUGCA